UCGCCGUACGGAGCGCCACGUCGUCUGGCGGCUGCGUGCGCGUCGGUGGGCGGGGUGCGGUGCCGCUGCUGGGCUGGCGGGGCAGGAAGAUGGCGGCCGGCAUCCGCGAGAAGCAGACAGUGGCUUUGAAACGUAUGCUGAAUUUCAAUGUUCCUCCUGUUAAAAACAGCACAGGAGAACCAGUAUGGAAGGUUCUCAUUUAUGACAGAUUUGGCCAAGAUAUAAUCUCACCUUUGCUGUCAGUGAAAGAGCUGAGAGAUAUGGGGAUCACUUUGCAUCUGCUUUUGCAUUCAGAUCGGGAUGCUAUUCCAGAUGUUCCAGCUGUUUAUUUUGUGAUGCCAACAGAAGAAAAUAUUGACAGAAUGUGCCAGGAUCUUCGAAACCAGCUUUAUGAAUCUUAUUAUUUAAACUUUAUUUCUGCCAUUUCAAGAAGUAAACUGGAAGAUAUUGCAAAUGCUGCCAUAGGUGCUAAUGCAGUAACUCAAGUGGCUAAGGUGUUUGAUCAGUAUCUUAAUUUUAUUACUUUAGAAGAUGACAUGUUUGUAUUGUGUAACCAAAACAAAGAACUUGUUUCCUAUCGUGCCAUUAACCGACCAGAUGUAACAGACACAGAAAUGGAAACUAUAAUGGACACUAUUGUUGAUAGUCUCUUCUGUUUUUUUGUUACACUUGGAGCUAUUCCUAUAAUCAGAUGCUCAAGAGGAACUGCAGCUGAAAUGGUGGCAGUGAAAUUAGAUAAGAAGCUCAGAGAGAAUCUAAGAGAUGCGAGAAACAGUCUUUUUACAGGUGACACACUUGGAGCUGGCCAGUUCAGCUUCCAAAGGCCCCUGUUAGUCCUUGUUGACAGAAACAUAGAUUUAGCAACUCCUCUACAUCAUACAUGGACAUACCAAGCUUUAGUGCAUGAUGUUCUGGAUUUCCAUUUGAACAGAGUUAACUUGGAAGAAGCAACAGGAACAGAAAGUUCUCCAGCAGGUGCUAGACCUAAGAAAAAAAAUAAGAAGUCCUAUGAUUUAACUGUGUCAGAUAAAUUCUGGCAAAAACAUAAGGGCAGUCCUUUUCCAGAGGUAGCUGAGUCAGUUCAGCAAGAACUGGAAUCUUACAGAGCCCAGGAAGAUGAAGUCAAGAGGCUUAAAAGUAUCAUGGGUAUAGAAGGGGAGGAUGAAGGAGCAAUAAGUAUGCUUUCUGAUAAUACAGCUAAGCUAACUUCAGCUGUCAGCUCUCUUCCAGAACUUCUGGAAAAGAAGAGGCUCAUUGAUCUUCAUACAAAUGUUGCAACAGCCGUUUUGGAGCAUAUAAAGAGUCGAAAGCUGGAUGUGUACUUUGAAUAUGAGGAAAAGAUAAUGAGCAAAUCCACUCUGGAUAAAUCUCUUCUGGACAUGAUUUCUGACCCAGAUGCAGGAACUCCAGAAGACAAAAUGCGAUUAUUUUUGAUCUAUUACAUAAGCUCAGCUCAGGCACCUUCAGAGAUUGAUUUGGAGCAGUAUAAAAAAGCAUUGAUGGAUGCAGGUUGUAAUCUUGCUCCUUUGAGCUACAUAAAACAAUGGAAGGCUUUCACUAAGAUGGCUUCAGCUCCAACCAGCUAUGGAAACACUACACCUAAACCUUUGGGUCUGCUUUCUCGUGUUAUGAAUACAGGAUCACAGUUUGUAAUGGAAGGAGUGAAGAACUUGGUACUGAAGCAACAAAAUUUACCAGUCACACGUAUAUUGGACAACCUUAUGGAGAUGAAAUCAAACCCUGAGACGGAUGACUACCGGUAUUUUGACCCCAAGAUGCUGCGAGGCAGUGACAGCUCAGUUCCAAGAAACAAAAAUCCAUUCCAGGAGGCAAUAGUGUUUGUAGUCGGAGGAGGCAACUAUAUUGAAUACCAAAAUCUUAUUGACUACAUAAAGGGUAAACAAGGCAAACACAUCCUGUAUGGCUGCAGUGAACUUUUUAAUGCUACACAGUUUAUAAAACAGCUGUCCCAACUUGGCCAGAAAUAAGACUGAAACACCAUUACCAGGAUGUCAAAGUGACAACAGAGAAUUAUUACAACAUUCAGAUAUCUUCAUAACUAUAAUUUUGUCAUUAUAUUAAAACAACCCCAUUUCAUUAAUAUAACUUUUAAAAAAUAUCUGUAAUUAAUAUGGUGAAUAUCAACAUUUACGAAAUAAACCUUAAAACCUGCUAUGUUUUUGGUGGGGGUUGGUUUCACAUUAUUACAUUCUAAAUGCAGUGUGAGCUAUGGUGUAUGACAGAACUGGCUGAAAAGCACAACGUUUUCAAGUUUUUAUCUAUAGUUUCUGUUACAGUAAACAAAGCAAAAGCUUGAAGAAAAGGUCAAGUCUGUCUUUAGGAAAUGUUUUACUUCUUGAAAGCCAGACUGUCUUUCUUUAACAGAAUUGAAAAGGACAAAACCGCCUUUUAGGAUCACAGACAAACAGCCUUAGUGCAAGAGAACUACUACAAGUUCUUACCCUUUUAUUUUACCAAAGCCAUUAUACUUGUACUUAGAUUUGUGCAGUCGUGUCUUGAUGUUCCAAAGAUAUACUUGACAUACACGUUUCUGAUAGAGUAAAAUUUAGCUUUUAUGGUUAAGAGAAAAUCACUUGCCUACAAAAUCAGUUUCAACUGUAAAACUUUACAGUUUUACAUUUUUAACCAUUUUCUUCUGCACUUUUUAUUGUAACUACUGUUAUGGUUUGGAAGAAACCAAGUGAUACUCACACAACAGCUCAUAACUUCAUUAUAAGCACAUAUUUAAAAUAGUUUUUAACAACUGCAUGAAGUAGGAGCAGUUAAAUAGUUUGAAAAAAAUCUCACGAUAAAAUAAUUUUGCCAGCUAGGAUAGCUCUGAAGAGCACAUGUGGGAAUUGGGAAAAGGGAACUAAUUUUCUUUAUAGAUGUAGAUAUAUGCCUCUAGAAAUGUCCUCUUUGGAAGCAGCACUGCUACUGGUGAAGCAAUAAUACAUCUUCAAAAUGAAGUCUAACAUACUGAAAAAGUGAGAAGAACAUACUUGUGAUUUUAUUAACAAACUGUGGGAAUUACUGGCUUACUGUAAACUUUUCAGCAGUGGUUUUUUUUCUGCACUGUUCUUUAAUGGUGAAUAUUAAUUUUGCUCUAAAGGCAAUAUUCUUUCCCCAGCAUGCCUGUACAAGAAGUGCAGUUGAGCUAUUCCUUAAAAGCAUCACCGUAAAAAUAUGCAUAAUCUAGUCCAUGGUAUUAAAAAGUAAUAAUGUGAUUUAAUUUUUUCAGCUGAGUACUGUAAACUACUCCACACUACUACUAUAAGCUUCUAAUCUUACCAUGUCAAUAAAUGCAUUUAUUGUGGUGUUAAUUAUAGUUGCAUGUGAGCACUCUCCCAUGCUUCAGUCAGCAAGGACUCAUCUUGUCAAAUGCACUUUGUUAUGCUAAUUCCCUAUAUAUUUGUUAGUAAAAGCAAGGUGAAAGUGCAUUUGGAAAAGAAAAAUUACAUUUAAGGUGUUUAUUGCUUCCUCUGGGAGUGUGUUCGAGGAGCUUGAAAUAAUCCAUCCCCAAGAAAACUGUGCUUCCUGUGCAAAGAGUUUUAACCUUGCAGCUGACAGCCAGCUUCUGAAAAAUCUGCUGACAGCUUUUUGUCCAGAUCUUGACCCUGCUCAUUUAAACCAGGAGCACUCCUAAAUCACAGCCUGCAGAUUCUGCUAUUUCAGUAAACUUUGUAAAGAUAACAGAAAUUACUUCGGUGGCAGUGAUCAAAAACUUAAUUUGCAGUUUUUACACUGUCCCUGAGAUAGGUUUUAUUUCUGCCUAGCUUUAUAGCUGAAUCUUGUGAGCAUGCACUGGUCAGUUCAGGUUUGGGGUUUUUUUUCUUAAACUAAUAAACACAGUUUUAGUACUUCAAACAUUCUUCUCUUUCUAAACUAGCUUUCUGGUUUUGUCAUAGUAGUAGUCCUAAAGCUCUCCAUUACCAUUAAAAUCUCACAUUUACCACUCUAACAGCAUACUCAUCAUGCUUCUUUCCUUCUGACCCAACCUAAGUUAUGGAGUGCUGGUUUUUGUUACAGGGCCCUUUUCCCCAAACACCUCUUGGAGAAUUAGGAAUGUAGAAGGUUGUACAAGUCUCCAUGAUUGAUCUAGAGGCAAACAGUGUUAAAAAUGAACUGGCUCUUUGGCAUGCUUACUCAAUUUAUAGCCAGUCCCUAUGCCCUUCACAUCCUCAAAGGUUCCUCGCAGACUUGUGCUCAUUAUGCCCAGCUCAGCGGGUCUUUUAAAUAAAAUCAUACCGUAGAAUCAUAUAAUCACAGAAUGGUUUGGGUUGGAAAGAACCUUAAGUUCCAACCCCCAGCCAUGCAGUGUUCCUGUUGCUAAUAAAUAUUUUAGGUGGCUGCAUGGCAGACCAGGGGGUUUUGGAACUUUUCUAGCCUACUCUGUCAAUAAACCUCAGGCAGGGCUGGCUGACAGGGCUGUGCUAAUGGCAAAGCCAGCUUCCAUGCCUCAGGACUGGCAGUUCUUAAUUGGGCUUUACCUUCCCCUUUAGGUAAGUAAGGGCAGCACAAGGCUGAGUGAGUUUUAAGUGCUGUCCUUGUUCUCAGGAAGAAAAUAAGCACUGUGGCCUUCACCUGUGGAAAACUGGCACAUCUGUCUUUCAGGAAGUAGAGACAAAUCUUGCAAAUGGUUGCAUACACUCAAUCACUUCAAGAAUUCACAGUUUGAAAGGUUCUUCGCUAACUUUCUUACUUAAAUUUGAAGGUUUUAGAAUAUUUAGAUGGCUAUUUUGGGUAUGAUCAAUAUAGUGCCUUUGUUUCUCAGAAUUAGGCUUUUU